AAGCACAAAGUUUGCUAUAUUACAUAAAAACGAGUGUUUUGCAUAUUUUGAAAUAAAAAUUUGGCACUAUAAAGAUCUCUCGUUAGAGAGUAGUAUAUAACUUGAUAAAGUUUUUUUUUUAAAUUCACGGGAUAGAUUUGUAAACCUACUAAAACUAUUAUAAGAUAAACUUUUUUGAUGGAAAAGUUAUCAUUGGCUGGAAGCUUUAUUAAAAAAAAGUAAGCUUGUUGCCAUGGAAAAAUCAAUAACAGUUUCUUCAUCGAUCUCAACAAGUUUCAAAUUAUUUAUUUAGUUAGUUAAUAGUAAUUUAUUUAUCGUUAAUUCAAUUAAAAUUAAGCUAUUACUUUCCUAGAUCUAAUAUUUAACAAUAAUUAAAACCAGGAUACUGCGGUUAGGUAUUCACUUUAGAAGUCAGUAGGUAUAAUAAGAAAUAGAAUAUGCAGCGAGGUAAGCCAACGCGUAAAAAGGGACAGCCCGGACCUUCGUCUUCCGAUGUUAAACUGCCCAAAAUACCAAAAACUCAGAUGCCGGAAGACUUUAAAAUUAAGACUCGACCCCUGUUUUCACUUCCAAUGGAAAUUUUGAAACUACCCCCGCCUACGACAAAGGCGGCGAAAUUACAAGCUUCUAAAGGAGGUCCUAGAAAAAGAUCCAGCGUGAUGCAGAGCUUUACAGCUAUGAGAAAAGCCAGGGAAGAUUUCAGAGCGAAGUUAAUGAAUCUGAUAUGCCAAUCGGCUCCUGGUGAAGAUGGUGAUGCAAUUCCGUCGGGCGAGGAAAAGAAUAUGUUGAGAUAUUAUUACUAUUUGCGAUACGGCAUAGACACUAUACAUGUUGCACCGCUGGAUAAUAAAAUGAUUUUACGAGUUCACAAUUUAAUAUCAAUAAAACUAAAAAAAUGGAGAGAAUGUCUACUUACGGCCACAGAUGAAAUGCGUGAAGAUUUUAUGAUGAGCAUGAAAAAGGCUAUCGUCGAUUUCGUACUGAAGGAUCCUAAUACGGAAGAAUCCCUAGAUGACGAAGAUACACCAUUGAAGAGAGAGUUGGCUUUGAAAGACGAUGCUUGGCGAAACCGCUACGCAGUCGCUAGGAGUUACUUGCAUAAGAACCUGCAUAGCGUCAACCCGUGCGUAGCCCAAGUGCUACAGAUUUGGUGGAAACAAUAUAAUGACCUGCGGUUGAUCAGCAUGAAGGACAUAAUGACGACUAACGAGGCAUACGAGCUACAAGACUUCUGCUUCGUGUGCAAGCGCCACAUCGAGGCGGCGGGGAACGUGCUGUCGAUGCAAUGGCUGCCUACUCUACAGGCGGUCUUUUUACAGGGCAGUAAGAAAAAGCAGAUUCCGGAUCCGAAACAAGUAAUCAGAAUGAAGAAAUUUUAUAACUGUUUAUCCUGCAUCAUGACAUACAACCUUCAGACCCUGUGUCUUAAGUCGAUGAAGGACUUCACGGAUUACAUCCUAGAUGUUGGGGGAAUGAAUCAGGGGUUUGUUGUCAAUUUGGCCUUCAAAGAAGACGCCAUAGGCUUUGAACCGACUUUCAAGCAAUUUCGCGAUCAGCUGUGCCUUUUAUAUGACUUUAUAAUUGAUGCAUGUAGACAAUCUCCGCGAUUGGAGACGUUAUUGUAUCAAGACUAUGUUAUUACAAAUAGAGCAACUCUCCGGCCUAUAAUUGACAAUGAUAUUGUGGAGAAAUACAAAGCAAGUGUGGCUGAUUUGAUAAAUGAACAGAGAAUUGGACCUGAACUGCGCGUACAAGAUUUCGAUAGCUUCGUGUGUCUACUCAAUGGAGAGUCUCUAGAUGAAGUUGAAAGAUUUAUAAACUCUGUACCCGAGAAAACUUUCGAAGAAUACUGCACAGAGGCUGUCAAAUACGUGACCGUGGCAAAGGAGAUACCUUCCAAGUUAGAGGGGACUAUUGUGAUAGGAAUGUUCCGGAUGCAGAGAGGUGAUCUAAUUAACACGCUGCGUGGGGCAGCCACGAGGCUCGCUAACACGUUACUGAGACGGAUGACUGAGGAUUACCAGAAUAUGAUUAAAGCGAUUUUCGACGAAUAUUCAUCGAUUUCCAAUACUUUGCUCACUCCACCGCAAGAUACGGCCGCGUUAAUGGACCUGAUCGAAUACAACAAAAAAGUGGAAGCGACACUCCUUGACGUGAUGGAGGAUAAGCUACGGAACGUGUUGCGAUAUAUUAUAUUCUUGAGCGAUUAUACCGCGUUCACUCCUUUAGAAAUGAAAGCGAACAAUCAGUCCUUCCACUGGUAUGGACGCAUGCCUGGAGUAGUUGAAGAAUGCAAAGCAAUUUGUGAACAAAAGAAAAUUGAGUAUCAAGAGUUACUGCAAGUUCGAAUUGCCAAAUUCAUCGAUGACUUAGAAAUUUAUAGUGCUCAAGGUGAAGAGCUCCAAUAUUGGGGUGACAUCGAUGAAUUGUCUAAAUACGUGACCCGCGCUCGACGUUUGGAUGAAAAGUUAGCAAACGCUUUAUCUAAAAUCGACCAGUUUAAUGAAGAAGAAAUCGCAUUUGGAUGGGAACUAUCGCAAUAUCCGAAAAGGAAAGCUAUUUAUGAUAAACUCGUACCGUUCAAGAAAUUAUUCGACGCAGGUUAUGAAUUCUUAGAAAAACAUAACACUUGGAUGUCAGCAAGGGUAGGAAGCUUCGACCCUGAAGACAUAGAAGGCGAUGUUAGUUAUUUUUAUAAGACUGUGUAUAAACUAGAAAAAUCAUUUCAAGAUGUUCCCGCUACGUUCCAAUUAGCUCAAUCAGUCAGAAUGAAAAUGGAGGAGUUCAAGACACACAUGCCGAUCAUUCAAACACUUGGUAACCCUGGCAUGAAACCGAGGCACUGGGAGAAAGUUUCAGACAUCGUCGGGUUUCCGAUCGUUGUAGACGAAGAAUUGUCUCUAGCGAAAGUUAUUGACUUUAAUCUAGUCGAUUAUAUUGAAAAGUUCGAGAGCAUCUCAGAGGCAGCUACGAAAGAAAACAACCUUGAAAAGGCACUUGAUAAAAUGAUAAAAGAAUGGGCUGAACUUAAGUUCGAAAUUUUGCCUUACAAAGAUACCGGAACUUACAUUUUGUCAAGUGUAGAUGAAAUCCAGCUAUUAUUAGAUGACCACAUCGUUAAAACACAGACGAUGAAGAAUUCGCCAUACAUAAAACCGUUUGAAGAGAUUAUCAUUGAUUGGGAAGGAAAACUAAUACUGCUUCAGGAAAUUUUGGAUGAAUGGUUGAAGGUUCAAGCAACAUGGAUGUAUUUGGAGCCUAUCUUUUCGUCUCCUGACAUUCAGCAGCAAAUCCCAGAAGAAGGACGCCGAUUUAGUGCAGUCGAUAAGAUGUGGCGUGAAAUAAUGAAAGCUGCAUAUACCGAACCGAGGGUGUUAGACGUGAUCACCAUAGAUAAGAUGCUGGAUCGACUGCGCAAAUCCAAUAAUCUACUGGAGAUGGUCCAGCGAGGCCUCAACGCAUACCUCGAGAAGAAGCGUCUUUACUUCCCACGCUUCUUCUUCCUGUCCAACGACGAGCUUCUAGAAAUCCUUUCUGAAACUAAAGAUCCAAUGCGUGUACAACCUCACCUCAAGAAGUGCUUCGAGGGCAUCGCAAAGCUUAACUUCACUGAGGACUUGGUGGUGACGCACAUGAAGUCCUCGGAGGGAGAAGUCGUACAACUUACGAUGACCAUUAACACUGCGGCUGCAAGGGGACAGGUAGAAAAAUGGUUGUUAGAACUAGAGAAAUCAAUGAAAGCAUCCGUCCACCACGUCGUGGCACUUUCAUACGACAACUACUUGGAGUGUCCUCGCGAACGAUGGGUCCUGAUCUGGCCAGGACAAGCUGUGCAAUGCAUAGCAAUGACGUUUUGGACAUCUGAAGUGACAGACGCGAUUCACAUAAGCGUCAAAGCCAUGAGAGAUUAUUGGGACAAGUGCAACUACCAAAUAUCUAAAAUCGUAGAUCUUGUACGCGGUGCUCUUAGCUUACAGAACCGGAUCACUCUCGGUGCAUUAGUAGUGCUGGAUGUGCAUGCUAGAGAUGUGCUCAUGGAACUGAUCGACUUCAAUGUGCAACUUGACAAUGACUUUAACUGGCUGUCGCAGAUUAGAUACUAUUGGGAGUUGCAAGAAGACGACAAUAGCUGGCAGAUAGCAACACGCAUGAUCAAUUCACAACUGAUGUAUGGCUACGAAUACCUGGGCAAUACUGGUCGGUUGGUGGUUACGCCUCUAACCGACAGAUGUUUUAGGACUCUCUUCGGAGCUCUACAUUUGAAUUUAGGUGGAGCUCCCGAAGGGCCAGCUGGCACCGGGAAGACUGAGACCACUAAAGAUUUGGCAAAAGCGGUUGCAAAGCAGUGUGUUGUAUUCAAUUGUUCCGAUGGUCUUGAUUACCUUGCUCUUGGCAAGUUUUUCAAGGGUUUGGCAUCAUGUGGUGCUUGGUCAUGCUUUGACGAGUUCAAUAGAAUUGAUCUCGAGGUACUGUCCGUGGUAGCGCAGCAGAUUUUAUCCAUCCAGCGUGGAAUCAACUCCGGCGCAACAGAACUUCUAUUCGAAGGGACUUUGCUAAAUUUGGACAAAACUUGCGCAGUUUUCAUCACCAUGAAUCCUGGUUACGCUGGAAGAUCAGAAUUGCCGGAUAAUUUAAAGGCGUUAUUCAGAUCGGUGGCUAUGAUGGUGCCAGACUAUGUGCUAAUAUCAGAGAUAGAACUGUAUGCAUUCGGAUACCUCAAUGCAAAACCGUUGGCCGUCAAAAUUGUCGCCACUUACAAGCUCUGCUCCGAGCAGCUCUCGUCCCAGAGCCAUUACGAUUACGGUAUGCGCGCUGUGAAAUCGGUACUCCGCGCGGCCGGUGCUCUGAAGCUGCGAUACCCUGAUGAAGUGGAAGAUGUUAUUUUAUUGCGUUCCAUUAAAGACGUCAAUCUUCCCAAAUUCUUAGAGCAUGACGUGCCACUUUUCAUGGGUAUCAUAGGAGACUUAUUCCCUGGAUUACCUUUGCCAGAAGCAGGUCUUCCACAUUUAAUAGCUUGCUUGAAGGAAGUAUGUGGACCCCUUAAUUUACAAGCCAAUGAUUUCUUCAUAGAAAAGGUUCUCCAGCUCUAUGAAAUGAUUCUUGUAAGACAUGGUUUGAUGUUGGUAGGAUUUCCUUUCUCUGGGAAAACCAAAUGCUAUCACGCCCUUGGUAAUGCAUUGGGAUUGGUUGCGGAAAAGGGUUUGAUGAAUGAGAACGCAGUAGAAUGGACGGUCAUAAAUCCAAAGUCCAUAACGAUGGGACAGCUGUAUGGACAAUUUGAUCCUGUCUCACACGAAUGGUCUGAUGGCAUUCUUGCUGUCAGCUACAGAGCUUUUGCGGUUUCGACUAAUGAUAACAGAAAGUGGCUGAUUUUUGACGGUCCAGUAGACGCGAUCUGGAUUGAAAAUUUAAACACCGUAUUGGAUGAUAAUAAGAAGCUUUGCCUUAUGAGUGGGGAGAUCAUCCAGCUUGCACCCACCACCAACCUCAUCUUCGAGCCUAUGGACCUCGAAGCAGCUUCGCCUGCGACAGUGUCACGUUGCGGUAUGAUUUACAUGGAGCCAAAGGGCCUGGGCUGGAAAUGCUUGAUGGAUUCAUGGCUCAAUACGCUCCCGGCAACUUUGCACGGCUUCAAUCGCAACUAUAUUCGUAUUCUUUUUAAUCGUUUCAUGCCACCUUUGCUUUGGCUUGUUGAGCUUUCUGGGAAAGUCAAGCAAAUGUAUGUAACGUCACGUAGUAACUUAAUAAAUGCAUGUAUGAUGCUUUUUGAUACUUAUAUGGACGAUUUCCAAGAUGAGAAAUAUGUUGAAGGCCUUUCCGACCUCGAUAUUAGAGCUCAACUUGAGGGAGUCUUUUUCUUUUCAACGAUUUGGUCCAUAGGAGCGACUUUGGAAAGCGAUGGUCGCCCUAAGUUUGACGUGUUAUUUAGAGGUCUACUUGAGAAGGAAUUCCCAGAGCAGGUCAGAGAAACCUUGGGAUAUCCCAAAGUAAUUUCUAAGCCUGAAAAAGCGUACAUAUUUACCCUGCCUAAAGAAGGAACAGUUUAUGAUUAUCGUUUCAUCAAAGAGGGUAAAGGUAAAUGGAAGCCCUGGCAAGAUGACGUCGUCUCGGCUCCACCCAUUAGUCGUGAUACUCCUCCUAAUCAGAUCCUUGUAACAACCCUGGACAGUGUUCGAUACUUGGCGCUGUUCAAAUUGUUGGUGACCCACCAUAAGGCAGUGAUGAUGGUUGGCCCCACCGGCACUGGAAAAUCUUCUUAUAUUAUUGAUUAUUUAGUGAAGAGAGUUGAUACGAAAGUGUAUAAAGCUCUAAUAAUGGCAUUCUCAGCACAAACAAACUGCAAUCAGACACAAGACAUUAUUAUGGGGAAAUUGGAUAAGAGACGGAAAGGCGUGUUCGGUCCCCCAAUCGGUUGCUAUUGUGUGGUGUUUGUGGACGACGUCAGCAUGCCGCAAGCCGAGACGUACGGCGCUCAGCCGCCUAUUGAAGUUCUACGGCAAGGGAUCGAUCUGGGCCUGUGGUACGAUCGCAAAACGAAUGUUGCGAUGCAUCUUACUGAUGUUCAGUUCAUGUGCGCUAUGGGUAAGCCCAUGCCAGGCGCGAAACUCAUAACGCCACGGUUUUCACGACAUUUCUCAUUCUUCUGUAUUGAUGAGUUCGAUGACGAAACUCUACGAGUUAUAUUUGGAAGAAUUAUGUUGUGGCAUUUAGAUACGAGAGGGUUCUCUAAAGAUUUCGAUCCCUGUAUAGAAGAAAUAGUUUCUUCUACCCUAGAAGUGUAUAAGCAAUGUAGAUUAAACUUAUUGCCUACGCCGUCUAAAUCUCAUUACACAUUUAACUUACGAGAUUUCUCCAAAGUUAUAUUGGGUGUAUUACUAUCCGUACCAGAAGUGACACCAGAUCUGCAGUCUAUAAAGCGGUUAUGGGUCCACGAGUGUCUGCGUGUGUUUUCCGACCGAUUGACAGAAGACGCAGAUCGACACUGGCUAGUAAAUUGCCUGAGAGAGGCAACGCAUCUCUAUCUCAACGAUGAGUUUGAUAAGUUACUCUCGCGAUUGCUCGAAGGACCCAAUGAUAAGAUAACGGAUCGACAUUUACGUAAUUUAAUUUAUUGUGACUUUGCCAAUCCAAAAGCGGAUUCGCGCUUUUAUAUGGAGACUACGAAUAUGGAACAUUUAAAUUCAACAGUAGAAGCCUAUCUCGUAGAGUUCAACAAUAUGUCCAAAAAACCAAUGAACCUCGUACUUUUUAGGUUCGCGAUUGAGCACGUAUCGCGCAUUUGUCGCGUGCUGACUCAGCCGCGCUCGCAUGCGCUGCUGGUGGGACUGGGUGGCUCUGGUCGACAGUCUCUCACGCGUCUCGCUGCUCACAUCAAUGAAUAUGACCUCUUCCAGGUCGAGAUGAGUCGUACUUACGGGAAAACUGAAUGGCGUGAAGAUUUAAAAACUUUAUUAAGAAAAUCAAGCACUCCCGACUUACACAUGGUGUUCCUCUUUAUUGAAUCCCAAAUAAAAGAAGAGGGAUUCUUGGAGGAUGUGAAUAACAUGCUGAACUCUGGUGAAGUUCCAAACAUUUUCGUUGCUGAUGAAAAAGCGGAGCUUUGCGAAAAGAUGCGAGUAAUCGAUCGUCAACGGGACAAAUCUCUUCAAACAGAUGGCACCCCGACUGCUCUAUACGCGUACUUUGUAUCCAUAGUUCGUGAUCAGUUGCACAUCGUGCUCGCUAUGUCGCCCGCUGGAACUUCAUUACGCACACGGAUCCGCAAAUUUCCUUCCCUUGUCAACUGUUGUACCAUCGACUGGUUCCAGGAAUGGCCGCCUGAUGCUUUACUGGCUGUUGCAACGCGUUUCCUAAAAGAUGUUGAACUAACUGAACUCGAACGUGAAACAGCUAUCAAGCUAUGCCAAAUGUUCCACACCGAUACGCAAGACUUAACCAAGCAAUUCCUGUUACGACUUAAGAGAUACAAUUACGUCACGCCUACAGCUUAUCUGGAGCUUAUAAAUAUGUUCAAAACACUUUUGGGCAAAAAAAGAACGGAGUUAUUAACUGGCGAAAAGCGUUACAUUACGGGCUUGGACCAACUUGCAACAGCAGCGAAAUCUGUCGCCGCAUUACAAGAGGCAUUGGAAGUGUUACAACCUAAAUUAGCCGCUGGAGCCGCCGCUGUUGCUGAGACUACCGCUAAAGUGGAGAAAGAGAAAGAGGGAGUUGCUCUUGUCGAAGCAGAAGUACUUGUGGAUCAAGCCGCGGCAGAAGAACAGGCAAAAGAAGCCCAAGCUAUUAAAGAUGAGUGUGACGCAGAUCUCGCAGAAGCUAUGCCAAUUCUCAACUCUGCGUUGGCGGCGCUCGAUACUUUGACGCCUCAGGACAUUACUUUCAUCAAGACAAUGAAGAGUCCUCCCCGGGGCAUCAAACUUGUCAUGGAAGCUAUCUGCAUAUUGAAGGAAAUAAAACCUGAUAAAAUUCCAAAUCCUUCUGGAGUAGGCACCGUAGAGGAUUACUGGGGCCCAUCUAAGAAGUUGCUUAACGACAUAAAGUUCUUAGAAUCGUUGCAAAACUACGAUAAGGACAACAUUCCCCCUCCUGUUAUGAAGAAGCUUAUGACUACCGUGAUGCAGGAUGAUGGCUUUGUACCUGAAAAGAUAAGAGCUGUGUCGGUUGCUGCUGAAGGUAUGUGCAAGUGGGUGAUUGCAAUGACGAAGUACGACAAGGUGGCAAAAGUGGUGGCACCGAAGAAGCAGCGGUUAGCAGCUGCGCAAGCCGUCUAUGACAAGGCGAUGGCCGCGCUUGCUGUCAAACAGGCACAGUUGAGAGAGGUGCAACUGAAAUUGGCAAAAUUAGAAGAUGCGCUGUCAGAGCAAAAUCGGCAACAGAGGCUGCUUGAUGACGAGGUGAUGGAUUGCAGCAACAAGUUGAAGAGAGCCGAGAUGCUAAUUUCUGGGCUCGGAGGAGAGAAGCAUAGAUGGACGCUAAUCGCUAAAACGCUGCGAGAGACUUACAAUACGCUUACUGGAGACAUAUUAAUCGCUGCCGGGAUAAUUGCAUACUUAGGACCCUUCACAGCUGCAUUUAGAAAUGAUCAAGUAAAGAAAUGGGCUCACGCUUGUCACGACUGCGGAAUCGUGUGCACGUUGAACUUUAGCCUGAUAAAGUCUUUAGGAGAACCCGUCACUAUUCAACAAUGGAACAUCGAUGGUUUGCCCGCCGACGACUUCAGCGUUGAGAGCGCAAUUAUUAUUAUGACUGCUCGACGCUGGCCGUUGAUGAUAGACCCACAGGGGCAGGCCAAUCGGUGGAUUAAGAAUAUGGAGAAGCCCAAUAAUCUUUGUGUAGUACGAAUGGCACAGGCAGACCUUGGUCGCGUGUUAGAAAACGCCGUUCAAUUCGGACAGCCGGUUCUACUGGAAAAUGUGCUGGAAGAGCUCGACCCGAUGUUGGAACCGCUCCUGCAGCAACAAACUUUCAGACAAGGCGGUGCACUAUGUAUCAAGAUAGGAGAUACUAUCGUUGAAUAUAGCAAAGAUUUUAAAUUAUACAUAAGCACUAAAUUGGCGAACCCACAUUACUUACCCGAAGUGGGUGUCCGAGUUACGUUAGUCAACUUCAUGCUAGCCAAAGACGGGUUGCAAGCACAGUUGCUAUCUCGAGUGGUUGCUCGGGAAAGACCGGAUUUACAGCAAGCUAAGGCAGAUUUGACAACACAAGGCGCCGAGCAUCGCCGGCUCUUACAGGAAAUUGAAAAGAAAAUUCUUAAUGUUUUGUCCACAUCUGAGCAUUUGCUGGAGGAUGAGGAAGCCGUUCAGAUUCUGAACUCAGCCAAGGAUAUGUCUAACGAAAUCAAAGAGAAGCAAGAAGUAGCUAUGGUCACAGAAAAGGCGAUCGAUGAAGCCCGAAACGAUUACGUACCAAUCGCUGUACAUUCAACAAACUUAUUUUUCCUUAUUGCAUCUCUGGCAAAUAUCGACCCAAUGUAUCAAUACUCGCUGGGCUGGUUCGAGGGCCUGUUCACGGGGUCCAUUGACAACACCGAAAAGGUCGAGGAAAUUCCUGAAAGGCUCGCUAUUCUGCGUGCCCAUUUCACAUACUCCCUAUACGCAAACAUCUGCAGGAGUCUUUUUGAGAAGGAUAAACUGGUAUUCUCCUUGCUUCUCACUGUGACAAUAAUGGUCGCGGAGGAUAGACUGGAGCAAACGGAUGUGAUGUUCCUGCUAGCGGGCGCACAGCCGCGACAUAUUCCACCCAACCCGGUCACAUUUCUCGGCCCACAAGCUUGGUCGGAAUUCAAUGGGCUGAACGAAAUCGAAAAAUACCAGGGAAUCGUAGAUCAUUUCACGAAAAAUAUACCAGCAUGGGAAGCAUACUGCGAUACGAUUGAUCCUCAAAACCAGCCUCUACCAGAACCAUGGAAUACAAAAUUAAGCUCAUUUGAGAAAAUGUUGGUCCUACGAUGUAUGCGUCUAGAUAUGAUGGUCCCAGCUGUUCAAAACUAUGUCGAAGCGCAAAUGGGGCGUCCGUUUGUCGAGCCACCGUUGUUUGAUUUAGCUUCAUCGUACUCGGAUUCGCACUGCUGUAUACCGCUAUUAUUUGUCCUUACUCCGGGCUCGGAUCCUAUGGGAACGCUUCUGAAAUUUGCUGACGAUCAGGGUUUCGGAUCGUCACGCCUAUUCUCGCUGUCGCUUGGACAAGGACAAGGUCCUAUAGCAGUGAAGUUGAUAGAUGAAGGUAUCAGAAGUGGAACGUGGGUUGUGUUGCAAAACUGUCACUUAGCAAAAAGCUGGAUGCCAAUGCUGGAAAAGAUUUGUGAGAGCCUCACACCAGAUACAACUCACCCUGACUUUAGAUUGUGGUUAACAUCUUACCCGGCGGAUCAUUUUCCGGUUUAUGUUUUACAAAACGGUGUAAAAAUGACUAACGAGCCACCCCAAGGUCUAAGAGCGAACAUUGCGCGCUCAUACCAAAGUGACCCAAUAAACGACAUGGAGUGGUUCGAAGGCAACAAGCAGCCGGAAAUUUUCAAGAAGCUGCUGUUCGCGCUGUGCUUCUUCCACGCCGUGGUGCAGGAGCGGCGCCAGUUCGGGCCGCUGGGCUGGAACAUCCGCUACGAGUUCAACGAGACCGACUUGCGCAUCAGCGUCACACAGCUCUACAUGUUCCUCAACGAAUACGAGGACGUACAAUUCGUGGCGCUCCGGUACCUUACCGGUGAGUGCAACUACGGCGGCCGCGUCACCGACGACUGGGACCGGCGCUGCCUCAACACCAUCCUCUACAAGUUCUACAACCCGCGCGCCAUCGACGAGGACAAGUAUCCACUCGAUCCUUCUGGCACGUACUACAUACCGAGUCUACGAGAGCACUCGGACUUUAUUUCCUUCGCGCGAUCUCUGCCCGUGGCCACGCCGCCUAGCGUGUUCGGCUUCCACCCCAAUGCUGAUAUCACUAAGCAUUUCCGCGAAGCCGAAGAGCUCCUCAACACUGCAGUACUUACACAGGAUCGCACGGAUCGUUUCAAACAAUUUUUGGACACAAUGGCUGCCGGAGGAGCAGGCGCGACGCCCGAGCAGCAGGCCAUGGCGAUCGCGGAAGAUGUGCUGGCGCGGCUGCCCAGCAAGAUCCUCAGUGGCCCGUCGCACGAGGGGGACAUCAAGCCGGCCGACAUGUCGCCUAUGUCCAUAGUGGUCAUCCAAGAGGCGGCCAGGUACGAGCGGUUGGUCAGCGUGGUGCGAUCCAGCUCCAGGGCCGUCAUUGGAGCUGUUCAGGGUGUGAGCGUCCUUACGGAUAUCACGGAGGAGGUGCUGACGAGCAUGGUGCGCGGCCGUAUCCCCGCGCUAUGGGCCGGCAAGAGCUACCCGUCGCUCAAGCCGCUCGCCGCCUAUUUCAACGAUCUACUGGCGAGACUUGAGUUUCUACAGCACUGGCACCAGCACGGGCCGCCGGUGGUGUUCUGGCUGUCGGGCUUCUACUUCCCGCAGGCCUUCCUCACGGCGGCGCAGCAGAGCUACGCGCGCAAAUACAAAAUACCCAUCGAUCAGCUCGCCUUCCACUAUGAGGUUCAACGCUCGUUCACGCUGGAGACACCGCCAGAGGAGGGCGUGUACAUCCACGGCUUGUUCAUGGAGGGCGCGCGCUGGAACAUGGAGGACUACUGCGUCGACGAAUCCUUCCCUAAAGUGCUCUACGAUGACUUCCCGCCGGUGUGGCUGAUACCAUUAAAGCGGGAAGACAUCCCGACGGACGUGUUCUACAACUGCCCGCUGUACAAGACUGGUGACCGGCGCGGCGUGCUGUCCACCACCGGCCACUCCACCAACUACAUCCUGUUCAUGCGCCUGCCCACCGCGCAACCGCCCGACCACUGGAUCAUGCGCGGGGUGGCACUGUUGACACAACUUCCCUUCUAAGGUGG